AUGUCGGACACCAUAGCUAGUAAAGAGGAAGCAUCAAGAGUGUUUGAUAGGCUCAAGAAGGAGCAUGCCAACCAGGUGUGCUUUGAUUGCUCGAACAAGAACCCUACUUGGACGUCGAUCCCGUUUGGUAUAUUAUUAUGUCUCCAAUGUUCAUCGGUCCACAGAAACUUGGGAGUGCAUGUCUCCUUUGUCAAGUCGUCGAACUUGGACUCGUGGCAAAGAAUCCAAUUGAGGAACUUCAAAUUUGGAGGCAACCAAGCCGCCAGGGAUUUUUUCUUGAAAAAUGGCGGGUCACAGUACGUUGACAACAAGAACAAUAUCGAUGCAAAGACCAAGUACACCUCGCCCGUUGCCAACAAAUACAAGGAGAAGUUGAAGCAAAAGUCAGCGAGCGAUGCAAUCAAGCAUCCCGAUGUCGUUACAGUGGACGAUGCAAACGAGUCCAGCAGCGAAUCGCCAAGCGAAAGCACGGAUGAUUUUUUUUCAAACUGGACCAAGCCCGUGGUUGCCACGCCAUCGCCAUUGGCCUCGCAGAGCGUGACUCCAAACGCCUCAAGUGAAGAUUUACUGAAGAAGAAACCCAUAUCAAGAACAACUGCCUCCACCACCACCACCAGCACCACCACGACUCGUGCGAAAAACAGCGCCACCGCCAAGAAGUCGAUCUUGUCAACCAAGGGCAACGGGCCACGUAGCUCGAGGUUGAAAAAAGUCAACAAAGAGGAGAUUGAUUUUGAUGCGAUUGAAAAAAAAGCUAAAGAGGAAGAAGAAGAGAGGAAAAAAUUGGGGUACACACCUGAGCCAGAGACUCCAUUGGAAAAAGCACUUCCUGCAAAGCCCGCAUCAUCUUCAUUAUCCUCGUCGUCCUCGUCUACAAUGCCUGCAAAGAGCAAGGAAACUCCAAGCAUACCAGAAACAACACAACAAUUUCAAAAACUUGGGUUUGGUAUGGUGCAAGGCGAAAACAAUGUUUCUGCGCCCACCAAGAAAUACAAGGACAUUAAAUACUCGGGUGAUGUUGCCAACAAGUUUGGCCAGCAAAAGGGAAUCUCAUCGGAUGAGUUUUUCGGAAGAGGACCCAGGUUUGACGAAGACGCCAAGAAUGAAGCGAGAACCAAAUUGCAAGCUUUUGGCGGUGCUCAGUCGAUUUCCUCGUCUUCGUACUUUGGUGAGGAAAACGAAGGAAGCAGGGCUGCUAGAUCCGACUCCAAUGGGCUCAAUUUGGGCGAUUUGGAAGCAAGUGCAAGAGAGUUUGCUUCGAGAUUUAGCGGCAAUGCGAAUCAGGACAUUGAUGUUUUGAAAGAUGCAUUGGAGGAUGGAGCAAACAAGUUGGGCUCAUAUUUAAGAGAUUUCUUGAGGUAA